AUGACCAAUAGACAAAUUAUCUCCACCGACAAAGCCCCCAGUGCAAUCGGUGCUUAUUCACAAGCAGUGCGAUCCUCGGAUACUGUCUAUAUAUCUGGACAGAUUCCGUUGGACCCGACCACUCAGGAAGUGGUGGACGGCGAUGCGAGAACACAGAUUGACAGAGUAUUUCAGAACGUGGCAGCGGUUGCGGCGGCAGCCGGUGGCAGCCUUUCGGAUAUCGUCAAACUCACUGUGUACCUUACUGAUCUUGGAAAUUUUCCUACUGUAAACGAGGUCAAGGAUCUUCUGUUCCAUCUUCCUUAUCGCUACCAAGAUCGCACACGGACUGUUCCUCUUGACUCGCUGAUCACCGGUCAAACCAUGUUGGUAUCCGGCCGAAUCAUCACCGUCCGGGUUCAAUUUGGUCGCCGUCGCAGUUUAAUCGUCAAAAUUGACGAUGGAUCUGGAAACAUGUGUAUGCGACUCUUUCACUUCAGCAACAGACAAAAAGAGAAUCUGGAAAGAGCUACAUGGCUUCGCUGUUUCGGCGAAGUGCGUUGGAUGCGUGCCAACUAUGAAAUGGUUCACCCCGAAUAUUCGGUUUUUGAUCAUUCGCCUGCUGCCGUACAAGGUGACAGUCUCACUCCAGUGUAUCGGCUUACCGAAGGAGUUGGGCAAGCGUUGAUGCGUGCCACUGUCAAUUCCGCACUCAAACUCAGCAAGAAUCAGGAAGUCCUCGAACUUCUACCGACGCAAGCGCUUGAAGCGCGUCAGCUUCCUGAUCUUAAGGCCGCUCUGGAGUAUGUGCAUGCUCCACCUUCCGAAAAAUUUAAACUCAGAGAAGAACAGCAAAAAGAGCCUGCCAUGCAGAGACUCAUUUUUGAGGAAUUGGUGGCCUUUCAAAUUGCACGUCGCCAGCACAAAAGACUACGACAGUCUGUCAAAGCUCCCAAAAUGGAGCCGUCGGGGGAGUUGUCCAGACAACUGAAAGAAUCACUGACUUUCAAGCCGACUGAAUCCCAGCGAAAAGUCAUUCACGAAAUCCUUGCAGAUUUGAAGCGAUCAAUGCCGAUGCUGCGUCUGGUGCAGGGAGACGUAGGUUCCGGCAAAACGCUGGUUGCCGCGGCAGCUGCGGCUUGGGUUGUGGAAUCCGGGUUUCAGGUUGCGAUCAUGGCUCCGACAGAACUGCUCGCGGAGCAGCAUCUGAAGUCAUUCGUUGACUGGUUUGCUCCGCUUGGAAUUGACGUCCAGUUGCUGACUGGCAGAUUGUCUGCAAAAGAUCGUCGAAAUGUCGAGUACGCCGUUCAAUGGGGCGGUGCCAACAUCGUCAUCGGCACUCAUGCCCUCUUCCAGGAAGGAGUCGAUUUCAAAAACCUGGGAUUGGUUGUAAUUGACGAACAGCACCGUUUUGGCGUUGGCCAGCGCUACGCGUUUCGUAAAAAAGGCGUGAGGAAAGAACACGUGCCUCACCAGCUUGUAAUGACCGCAACGCCAAUUCCUCGAACACUCGCGAUGACAUUCUACGCUGAUUUGGACGUGUCCAACAUAACCGAGCUUCCUCCCGGCAGAAUUCCGGUACGUACCGAGAUCAUCCCUUCAUCGAAGCGCAGCCAUGUAAUCGGCAUGGUCGAACAUCUGUGUGCAUCCGGUCAACAGGCAUACUGGGUGUGUCCGAUCAUCGAAAAAUCAGAAGUGCUGGAUGCCGAGUCCGCCGAAGAGGCGGAGAAAUUUGUGAAAGAAGCACUGCCUGGACGCCGCGUUGCCUUGAUCCAUGGUCGCCUGAAGAGCGUGAAACGGGAUCAGAUCAUGACGGAUUUUCGGAAAGGCAAAGUUGACGUGUUGGUUGCAACUACGGUGAUUGAGGUCGGAGUGGAUGUGCCGAAUGCGAGCUUGAUGGUGAUCGAAAGUUCCGAGAGACUGGGGCUUUCGCAAUUGCAUCAGUUGCGGGGUCGUGUCGGUCGCGGUUUGAAAGAGGCUCGGUGCGUACUUUUAUUUAAAAAAGAUUUAUCAGAAAUGGCUAAUAAGCGAUUGACUGUGAUGCAGGAAUCGAACGAUGGCUUCAAAAUUGCAGAAACUGAUCUUAAGCUUCGCGGUGCCGGUGAACUGCUUGGUACGCGACAGACCGGAGCGCAGCUAUUCCGUAUUGCGGAACUGCCGAGGGACAUGGAAAUGAUCACAGAUGUCAAUCAAGUUGCAGAAUUGAUUAUGGACAAGCACCCCGACUACAUACAACCAUUGAUCAGACGCUGGACUGUCCGGGAGGGUGGGUACAGUGCUGUUUGA